AUGACCUCUCCAAAGCAGAAAAAAUACGCCCUAAUCGGCACAGGCGGACGCUCCUCAUUCUUCUACUCCGCCAUCGCCACAACCUACAAAUCCUCCUCCAUCCUCGUCGCCCUCUGCGACACAAACCAGACACGCAUGGACUACGCAAACGCGCAACUAGAAGCGCUAGGCCACGCGCGCGUCCCCACCUUCAAAGCCUCAGCCUUCGACCUCAUGAUCGCAGAAACCCACCCCGACGAAGUAAUAGUAACCACCAUCGACCGCACGCACAACGUAUACAUUGUGCGGGCGCUAGAACUCGGCUGCGAUGUUGUGACAGAGAAGCCGAUGACGAUUGAUGCGGAGCGGUGUGGGGAGAUUUUCGAGGCUGUGGAGCGCACGGGGCGGAGGGUGAGGGUGACGUUUAAUUAUCGGUAUGCGCCGCAUAAUACGCGGGUUUGGGAGCUACUGAGAGGGGGCGCGAUUGGGAGGGUGACGAGUGUGCAUUUUGAGUGGAUGUUGGAUACGGUGCAUGGGGCGGAUUAUUUUAGACGGUGGCAUAGAGACAAGCGCAACUCAAACGGCCUCCUAGUCCACAAAUCAACCCACCACUUCGACCUCGUAAACUUCUGGCUGCACUCCCGCCCCUCCACCGUCUACGCCCAAGGCUCCCUAUCCUUCUACGGCCGCGAAAACGCCGAAUCCCGCGGCGUAACAGCCUUCUACCCGCGCGCACACGGCAGCGAAGUGGCGAAAUCCGAUCCUUUUGCGCUGCACAUGGAGCGCAACGACAAGCUGACGAGUCUGUACCUUGACGCCGAACAUGAAGAUGGGUAUUACCGCGACCAGAGCGUGUUUGGGGAUGGUAUUAGUAUCGAAGACACGAUGAGCGUUAUGGUGCGGUAUGAGAAUCGCGCUGUCUUGACGUAUUCACUCACUGCGUAUGCGCCGUGGGAAGGGUUCCGCGUAUCGUUCAACGGCACGGGGGGGCGCGUGGAGAUGGAGGUUGUGGAGAAGAGUUACGUGAAUAGCGGGAGCGAGCAGUCGUUAGAAGGGUCGCUUGAGCGGCGAACGAUCACGCUGCGGAAACUGUUUGAGAAGCCUGUUGAUGUGGAGAUUCCGGAUAGUGUUGGUGCACAUGGUGGGGGGGAUGAGGUGCUGCUUGCUGAUCUUUUUGGGGAGAGGGGUGCGCAGAUAGAUGGCGAUAUGAGGGCGGCGAGUCAUGUUGAUGGGGCGUUGUCGAUUCUUACGGGGAUCUGUGCGAAUCGGUCGAUGGCUACGGGGCAGGUGGUGAAUGUGAGGGAUGUGUUUGUUGUUUAG